AUGGCAUCCAUUGUGGUCCAUAAUUCGCUCAAACCCGGUGCACCAGUGCCUUUUGUGCCAAUCGAGGAGGGAAAGGUCUCUUGGUAUGCCUGUGGGCCGACCGUCUAUGACAUCGGCCAUUUGGGUCAUGCGCGGAACUAUGUCUCGACAGAUAUUAUCCGCCGUAUCAUGAUGCACUACUUCGGAUUGAAGGUCAACUUCGUCAUGAAUAUUACAGAUAUUGAUGAUAAGAUUAUCAUUAAAGCCCGCAGAAAGCGAUUGCUCGACCUAGAAAAGAAGAAACCCUACGGUACCAAGGAGAGUCAUAAACUUGGCCUGGAUGCAUUCCGUGCAUACGCGACGAGUAAUCUUCCCCUCCUAGAACCCUCGAACGACCCAGUGGAUGAAAACAACUACCAGGCGCGUAGGGAUGCGGCUUACAGCCGAGUCCUCGGAGGCGGCACCCUUUCGGGCGACGGUAAGCCAGGUGAUGCGGAGGCAAAGUUGAAAAUGCACAUUACAAACAUGGAUUCCGCGGCGCAGGCGCUUAAAGAUGGAAGAGUUUUCGAAGGUGCGGAGGAAAUUCUUCUUCCAUUCUUAGACUCUCUUUACAAAGAGACCAUCAACAUAAACGACCAGACUAUGUUCACGGACCUAACGCAAGCUAUGGAACGAGAGUUCAUGGCGGACAUGGAUGCUUUGAACGUUCUUCGACCGGACACCUUAACGCGAGUUACGGAGUAUCUGCCCGAAAUUGUCAGUUUCGUCGAACGACUGGUCCAGAAAGAAUAUGCAUACGAGGCGGAUGGUUCCGUAUAUUUUGAUAUCGCGGCAUUUGAAAAACGUGGCAACACCUAUGCUCGACUUCGUCCCGAAAGCAAGAAUGAUAAAACUUUGCAAGAGGAAGGUGAGGGCUCUUUGUCCAAGACAUUGGGUGGCAAGAGGGGUCCCGGGGACUUUGCGCUGUGGAAGAAGUCCAAGCCUGGUGAACCGUACUGGCCGAGCCCAUGGAGCAACGGCAGACCUGGUUGGCACAUCGAGUGCUCUGUCAUGGCUUCGGACAAGCUUGGGGAGCAGAUGGACAUUCACUCCGGUGGUAUUGAUCUGGCAUUCCCUCACCACGAUAAUGAGCUUGCUCAGAGCGAGGCAUAUCACCGGUGCGGUGACUGCGAGCACUCGUGGGUGAAAUACUUCCUUCAUAUCGGACACUUGAGCGUUUCUGGCGCAAAGAUGAGCAAGUCCCUUAAGAACUUCCAGUCAAUUCGUGAUGCGCUCGCAACAACGUAUUCUCCCCGUAACAUGAGAAUUGUGUUCUUGCUAGGUCGCUGGAAUGAUGGUGUUGAGAUUUCCCCCGAUAUGCGGAAGCACGCGGAUGGUUGGGAGGCUACACUUGAUAAUCUUUUCAUGAACAUUAAAGCCAGAUUGGCAGAUGUCGGAGCAGUAACUGACGGGGUCAACUCACUCUCGUUGACAGACGAGAAGCCCGAUAAUGAAUUGGCGAAGAAAUUGGAGCAAGCCAAGAAGGACUUGGACGCGGCUUUCCGCAACUCUUUUGAUACCCCGGCCUGCAUGCAGAUCAUCUCGAAGAUUGUUCGGGAUGCAAAUGUUUACAUGGGCGAAACAAGUGACUUGCGCACAGUGGAAUUGGUUGCCCGGUGGGUAACUAAGAUUGUUGGCAUCCUUGGUCUUGAUGCCGGGGCACAGCCCCCGUAUGAUGGACUUGGCUGGUCGUCCGCCUCCUCGAGGAUUGACAUCGACCCUCGGACCGCCGUUCAACCUUAUGCCUCAGUCUUCUCCCGUAUUGUAGGAGAGGUCCAGGCGCUCGGUGUGGCUGAGCAUUCGGUGCAGACUCUUCUUAACCAGUCACCGGAAACUGCCUUCGCAGAGCUUGAAAAGAAUGGAGAACUGGACCCAGAAACGCUUGCACUACCCUACGUCCGUGCCGUAUCACGCCUACGCGAUGAGUUGCGUCGUCUCAUCCCUUCCGAAUCCCUCGAGCCGAAGACGAAGUCAGCGAUCAUUGCGCUUGCUGACCGUAUUCGUGACUAUGACCUGACUGAUAUUGGUGUGCAGCUAGACGACCAGGUCGACAGGCCCAGUUUAAUCAAAUUUGUUCCAGCAGCCAAGCUAAUUGCAGCACGUAAUGAACGGGCUGCAUUGGCGGCAGAAAAGGCAAGCCAGAAAGAGAAAGCACGACUCGCAAGAGAAAAGGCCGAGGCAGAAAAGUGGGAAAAGGCUAAACUAUCUCCACAACUUAUGUUCAGGGAGGACAAGAAGUACCAGGAGUGGGAUAAUGAUGGCCUACCGACUAAACUGGCUGAUGGAAGCGAAGUGCCCAAGAGCCAACUUAAAAAAUUGAAGAAGGAAUGGGACAGACAAAAGAAGCUGAACGACGAAUAUGUUGCCAAGUUUGGCACCGGUGCAUAA